UCAUAUAAUAAAAGCCUGUUUCCCUAUGGUUAUAACCCAGCCUCCAUUCUUCCGACACCACCAUUUUCAAGGGGUUUACUGCGGGGACUUCGCCAGAGUUCCCAGGCUUUUUCUCUUUUUGGACCGUGCCUGGUCGAGGAGGCGGCGACGGCGGUGGCGGGGGGAGAGGAAAAGAGAAGCGUCUCUAGCUUGAGCCGAUGCAGCCCGGCUGCUCUUCAGGAAGAGCGUCCCUAGCCCGAUGAGCCCCCGCUGUGCGUCCCCGACUCUCCCGGUGCGGGAGUGGGACGCGGAGCCCCGCGCCGACGAUUGCAGCUGUUUUGUCCUGGAGGGUAGGAUGUGGUGAAAGGAUGGGGCUUCUCCCCUCUGGGGCUCACAAUGGCAAGAGAAGAUUCUGUAAAGUGUCUGCGCUGCCUGCUCUACGCCCUCAAUCUACUUUUUUGGCUAAUGUCCAUCAGUGUAUUGGCGGUUUCUGCCUGGAUGAGGGACUACCUAAGCAAUGUUCUGACUUUAACUGCAGAAACAAGGGUGGAGGAGGCAGUCAUCUUGACUUACUUUCCUGUGGUUCAUCCAGUCAUGAUCGCUGUCUGCUGUUUACUUAUCAUUGUGGGAAUGUUAGGAUAUUGUGGAACGGUGAAAAGAAAUCUGUUGCUCCUUGCCUGGUACUUUGGAAGUUUACUUGUCAUUUUCUGUGUAGAACUGGCUUGUGGUGUUUGGACAUAUGAACAGGAACUUAUGGUUCCAGUACAGUGGUCGGAUAUGGUCACUUUGAAAGCCAGAAUGACAAAUUAUGGCUUACCUAGAUACCGGUGGCUUACUCAUGCUUGGAAUUUUUUUCAGCGAGAGUUUAAGUGCUGUGGAGUGGUGUAUUUCACUGAUUGGUUGGAAAUGACAGAGGUGGACUGGCCUCCAGAUUCCUGCUGUGUUAGGGAAUUUCCAGGAUGUUCCAAACAGGCCCACCAAGAAGAUCUCAGUGACCUUUAUCAAGAGGGUUGUGGGAAGAAAAUGUAUUCCUUUUUGAGAGGAACCAAACAACUACAGGUGCUGAGAUUUCUGGGGAUCUCCAUUGGAGUGACACAAAUCCUGGCCAUGAUUCUCACAAUCACACUGCUCUGGGCUCUGUAUUACGAUAGAAGGGAGCCUGGGACAGACCCAAUGAUGUCCCUGAAAAAUGACAACUCUCAGCACCUGCCGUGUCACUCAGUAGAACUGUUGAAGCCAAGCCUGUCAAGGAUCUUUGAACAUACAUCCAUGGCAAACAGCUUUAAUACACACUUUGAGAUGGAGGAAUUAUAAAUAAGGUCCCAGAAAGAAACCACAAACUUGUUUUAUUGGAUGUCUGCAUUUUUGAGCACACGCUUACCUGUUUCAGAAAUAUAUCAGAAUAAAAAUGGUGCCAUUAAUUAAUGCCUAGGCAUAUAGUUUUCUACACUUUAAAAUGAAGAGGGAAAAGUUUCAUGGUGUAAGUCACCACCUGGAUGAUAAUUGGUGUCCUUUAUAAUGCUGAGGACAGAUCUAAUACCAACUUUACAGCUUGUGUAGGAUUUUUACUGAACACAGUUAAGUUUUGAUGUAGCAUAGUUUGAUCAGCCUUUCUACAUCUAUAGAAAGGAGCCAUACAUGUAGGGAUUGGAACUACAAUAAAGGUUGAUUUAAUUCUACCAGCUAGUAUGUAAAGUACCAAUUAACUGCUUACAUGACUAAUGACUUUUACUUCUCAGUGAUAUAAUCCUUUGAGGGUGAAUAAAUUAUACCUAGAAAACUUUCAAGAUUGGUGACUACCUAAAUGUGAUUUUUUUACUGGUUACUAGGAUAUCCUUACCACUAACAAGAGCAAACUAACACAUUGUCUUAAAGUGAUCAGGGAUCUAUGUGUAUAUAAGUCUGUGUAUAAUUAAGUAGAUUUCAGUUCUUAUAAUGUUAAGAAUAACAUAUAUGAAAAGGAUAAAUUAGUCCUGUAUAGCACCAUUAUGUUUAGACUUUUCUGUUAAUAGAGAUUUAAAAUUCUGUCUGGGGUUUAUAUCACAUACAUAAUUGUUAAUUUAAAUACUUAACCACUAAUUUUGAAAAUUACCAGUGUGAUACAUAAGGAUCAUUAUUAUUCAGAAUGUAGUCUGUUCUCUAAGAUGUAUUAACAAGAAAAUUUAUACUUAGUUGAUUCAGUAAAGACUUGAUACUAUUUUUCUCCUACACUGAGACUAUUUUUGACAUUAAACACUUUUUAAAAGAGCUUAUCUUUGCCUUCUCCAAACAAGAAGCAACAAUUUCCAAGUCAGUAUAAUUCUACAGAGAAUAAUGUUCUCUUUCUCCAGGAAAAUGCUUGCGAGAAUCAUUAAAAUAAGUGACAAUUUAGGUAGAGAUUAUUUUUGCUUUACUUCACUGACUAAUAUGCCGUGGUUAAUUACACAUAUUAUUAAAUUUUUUACAAGAGUAAAGUAUAUUUAUUUGAAAUGGGGAAAGUGCAUUUUACUGUAUUUUGUGCAUUAUGUUUAUUUCUCAGAAUAUGGAAAAAAUUAAAACAUGUCAAUAAAUGUUUUCUAGAGAGUAA